CUCUCUCACUUCUGUCCUAACCCCAAACUAAAACCAGAGAAGAGGGAGAGAGAGAGAACCUUUAUUCUCAUCAUCAUCAACAACAAAAACAAUGGAUAGAAACAUCGCAAGCGAAGAGGCGAAGCGGUGGCUUGGCACGGCGGAGAAGCUUCUCGCCGCGCGCGACCUCCUCGGCGCAAAGAGCUUUGCGAUCCGCGUCCGCGAGGCGUACCCUCGCCUCCUCGAUUCCUCCGCCGCCGACGACGUCGUGGCCGUCGCCGACACUCUUCUCGCCGGCGAACUCCGGAUCAACAACCAGCCUGACUGGUACGCCAUCCUCCAGCUCCCCCGCUACACCAACAACCUCGAGCUCGUCGCCACUCAGUACCGCCGUCUCGCCCUCCUCCUCAACCCCCACCGCAAUCGCCUCCCCCACUCCGACGACGCCUUCCGCCUUAUCACCGAGGCCUGGUCCGUCCUCUCCAAUCCCUCCAAAAAGGUCUUCUACGACAAUGAGCUCAACAUGUUCGCCAGGUUCGAAUUUGGGGCUGGCUCCACUCAACUGCACGAGCGGCAAUUUCUCCAGAGGAAUCAGCAUUAUAUUCAGCAGAAUCAGAAUCUGAAUCAGAAUCUGAACCAGAACCAGAUUCAUUUUCCGCCGACACCGACACCGCCGCCACAGCAGCAGCAACAGCAACAGCAACAUCAACAGCAACAAUUUCCACAACCGCCGCAAUUUCAACCGCUGCCACAGCAGCAACAACAAACGGGGAGGAAUAGCCCUAGAAGUAAGGAAAUUAACGAGGAGAGGCCAAAUCUCAAUAAUGUAGCCGAGUCAACGCGGUCGGCUCGGCCGAUUGAGUCAACUCCGCCAAGGCAAACUCCUGAGAAAACCACCCCGCAAACUCGGCCCGCUGAGUCGAUUCUGAUAUCUCGUGCGGCCGAUACGUCGACUCGGACGAGUGGGCAGGUUGAGCAUGACGGUGAGAGUUUCUGGACCGCUUGUCCGUACUGCUACAUUCUCUACGAGUACCCCAAGGUGUACGAAGAUUGCGUGCUGCGGUGUCAGAAAUGCAAGAGGGCGUUCCAUGCGGCGGUGAUACCGUCGCCGCCGUUGAGUGGGAAGGAGGAGACUUACUACUUCUGCUGUUGGGGGUUUUUCCCUUUGGGAGGGUUUCCGCGGAAUGGUAAGAAUUCGGGCGGUUGGACGCCGUUUUCGCCGAUGUUCGCUUGCCCGAUACAAGACCAGGGGACGAAAGGCGGUGGAGGGAAGGGGAAGAGAAACGACGGCCCAAGUUCUCCCCGGUUUAUUUACAGGGACGAUGACGUUUUUGUGGAGAUUUCGGACGAGAGCGAUGAGUCCGAUUGCGAUUGGCGGAUUAGUAGGAGAAGUACCAAGAAGGCGAGAACCUCGAAGGGGAAAAGUUAUACGGCAAAAACCACCAAGGCGGCGACGACAACGACGACGGAGAGGGUGACAAGGUCAAGUCAGAGUGGAGGAGGUCAUGUUAACAAUGCAGGUGGUGGUGAUAAUUUAGAUGGGGCGGCGGCGUCGAAGGGCCCAUCGAAAGGGGAUAUGAGUAGGAAGGCGAAGGCGGUGGCGAGUGGCGGGAAGAAGAAAGGGGCGGCAGAGUGGGGGAAAUUGGAUUUGAAUGUGGAGUUUAGCAAUGAUGUCGAGGAGCCGGCAGCGGCGGGGCCGGGGAUGAAUAAGGGAAACGGGGCGGGGAAUGGGGAGGAGGAUAAUAUUGAAGGGAUUGGGUUUUUUGAGGGUCUUGAUGAGUUUCUAAGUAGUUUGCCAAUACUAAAUGUUGUUGGGGAUGACAAAGUUAAGGCUACUUAGUAAAGUAAGACAAGACUCUUUCUCUUGUCAUUGAUCAUGUAGCAGUUGUAAUUGGAUGUUGUUCCUUUUUUCUCUUUCACUCCUUUUGCAUGCACUAUAGUACCAGAUGUGUGUUGAGCCUCUUUUUGUAUUAUCACUAAUGGCUCUCACUUGGCUACUUAGAAUCCGGCAGACAUGAUAAAUGUAUUUUGUAGCUUUCUAGAGGACAUUUGUUGUACUACGUUAGGUUAUGAUGUCCUAGAAGGCAUGGUCUUUGAUUCUUGGAGUCUGGUUAUCUAGAUCAUUAUGAUGGAACCUUGUCUUCUAAAACUUGAAAUUGCUCUUAUCUAAUAGCUUAUUCUCUGGUGGUUUCAUCACCAUUGUGUUCUGCUGGGUGCUCCAUUUGACAUGAGACCAGACUUGGUUAAGUUUAUGUCUAAUGUGCGUGGUAAACAGCUUACUGCAAAGGGUGCCUAAUAAGUGACCUUUUGGCAAAUGAGACUAAAUUUUAGUUUGUAGGGGAAGGGUAGUGUAAGUAUGAUAGACCUCAG